GGCCCCGGAACCAUGGGUGACUGGGGCUUCCUGGAGAAGCUGCUGGACCAGGUCCAGGAGCACUCGACGGUGGUGGGCAAGAUCUGGCUGACGGUGCUGUUCAUUUUCCGUAUCCUCAUCCUGGGCCUGGCCGGGGAGUCGGUGUGGGGCGACGAGCAGUCGGACUUUGAGUGCAACACUGCCCAGCCGGGCUGUACUAAUGUCUGCUACGACCAGGCCUUCCCCAUCUCCCACAUCCGUUACUGGGUGCUGCAGUUCCUGUUUGUCAGCACGCCCACCCUGGUCUACCUGGGCCACGUCAUCUACCUGUCCCGGCGUGAGGAGCGGCUGAGGCAGAAGGAAGGGGAGCUACGGGCCCUGCCGGCCAAGGACCCCCACGUGGAGCGAGAGCUGGCGGCUGUGGAGCGUCAGAUGGCCAAGAUCUCUGUGGCGGAGGACGGCCGCCUGCGUAUCCGCGGGGCGCUGAUGGGCACCUACGUGGCCAGCGUGCUGUGCAAGAGCGUGCUGGAAGCUGGCUUCCUCUAUGGCCAGUGGCGCCUCUAUGGCUGGACCAUGGAGCCUGUGUUUGUGUGCCAGCGUGCACCCUGCCCCUACCUCGUGGACUGCUUUGUGUCUCGCCCCACGGAGAAGACCAUCUUCAUCAUCUUCAUGCUGGUGGUUGGACUCAUCUCCCUGGUGCUGAACCUUCUGGAGCUGGUGCACCUGCUGUGCCGCUGCCUCAGCCGGGAGCUGCGGGCCCGGCAGAGCCGGGGUGCCCCCCCGGCCCAGGACGCCUCCUCGGACCCUUACGCCGACCAGGUCUUCUUCUACCUCCCCAUGGGCGAGGGGCCCUCGUCCCCUCCAUGUCCAACCUAUAACGGGCUCUCAUCCAGUGAGCAGAACUGGGCUAACCUGACUACGGAGGAGAGGCUGACUUCCUCCAGGGCCCCCCUUUUCCUGGACCCACCCCCCCAGAGUGGCCGGAAAUCCCCCAGUCGCCCCAGCAGCUCAGCUUCCAAGAAACAGUAUGUGUAAGAGGGGAGUCAAUGGGCUUAGGCUUCUGUCACCCAUCCUGAGACACGCGGCUGCUUUGAGCCCUUGACGAAGGCCCCGCCACGAUGACUGAGCUUGGAAAACCCAGUGCCUGCUGGCCACAGGGCCUCCCAGACUGUUGUUUUCUGGGAUAAUUGGGCCAUCCUGGUGACCAGAGGGCACAGUGGCUUCCCCUCUAGAAGGCGGCUUUGUGGCAGGCACAGAGCAAGCUGGCUUGAUGUGCCUUUGACCAGGGGUGUUAUGUGAGCCCUUUGCAGAGGAACCUGCAACCAACUUACAGCUCCCUUCUCUACCAGCCCCUUCAGAAUCCACCUGUGCCCAAGCCAAGGCUGAUGGAGGCUGCAGGGUUGGCCAGACAGAGCCUGGGCUAGAUCUGGCCCUGUCAACGGGACUGGGGGCUUGUGUCCAUCACUCCUUCCUAGUUCCACUGUUUAUG